AUGGUCAAGGGUCAGGAAGAGGCAGAAGCUCAUAGAAUUGCUUUUGAGGAACUAGAUAGUGCUUUGCCACCUGAGGAAUGCAACCCCAAUGACUCUUUAGUUGCUAACCCAUUUGAACCGAAGGUCACUCCUAUUACUCAAGCUGCCGUUCGACUGAAGCUUGCAGAAAUAGAGGCUUAUGAUCUACAGCAAGGUAUCGACAUAUCUUUCUACUCUAACAUAUCACCUAGCAUCUUUGUUGCAUCUGACAUCAAUUUUAAAGAUGAACAGCAUUAUUUGAAGGCAGAUAUUACCAAGCUUGGUAUGCAUGUUAUGGACACACAGAAGGUUACCAUAUAG